AUGUCUCAAAAACCUCUCAGCGAUGAUGAGAAGUUCCUCUUUGUGGACAAAAACUUCGUCAACAGCCCACUUGCCCAGGCUGACUGGUCAGCAAAGAAACUGGUUUGGAUUCCAUCAGAGAAACAUGGAUUUGAAGCAGCAAGUAUCAAGGAAGAGAAAGGGGACGAGGUGAUAGUUGAACUGGCAGAAAAUGGAAAGAAAGUGACACUGAGCAAGGAUGACAUCCAGAAGAUGAACCCUCCAAAGUUCUCCAAAGUGGAGGACAUGGCAGAGCUGACUUGCCUCAAUGAAGCUUCAGUGCUGCACAAUCUAAGGGAGAGAUACUUCUCAGGUUUAAUUUAUACUUAUUCAGGUCUCUUCUGCGUCGUGAUCAACCCAUACAAACAGCUGCCCAUCUAUUCAGAGAAGAUUAUCGACAUGUACAAGGGAAAGAAGAGGCAUGAGAUGCCUCCUCACAUCUAUGCCAUCGCAGACACGGCCUACAGGAGCAUGCUGCAAGAUCGAGAAGACCAGUCUAUCCUGUGCACAGGUGAAUCUGGUGCUGGCAAGACAGAAAAUACCAAAAAGGUCAUUCAGUACCUGGCUGUUGUUGCUUCAUCACAUAAGGGCAAAAAGGACACCAGCGGUGAGCUGGAAAAGCAGCUUCUACAGGCAAACCCCAUUCUUGAAGCUUUUGGAAAUGCCAAAACUGUGAAGAAUGACAACUCCUCCAGAUUUGGUAAAUUCAUCCGUAUCAACUUUGACGUGACAGGCUACAUCGUGGGAGCAAACAUUGAGACUUAUUUGCUUGAAAAAUCCCGUGCUAUUCGUCAGUCUAAAGAUGAGAGAACCUUCCACAUCUUUUACUAUUUGAUUGCUGGAGCUACUGAACAAAUGAGAAAUGAUCUGUUGCUGGAAGGCUUCAACAAUUACACCUUUCUAUCUAGUGGCUAUGUGCCUAUUCCUUCUCAACAAGAUGAUGAGAUGUUCCAGGAGACCUUGGAAGCCAUGAAAAUUAUGGGCUUUACUGAAGAGGAACAGAUAGCUAUACUGAAGGUCGUGUCAGCUGUCCUGCAACUGGGUAAUAUUGUCUUCAAGAAGGAGAGAAACACUGAUCAAGCUUCUAUGCCAGAUGAUACUGCUGCACAAAAAGUGUGUCACCUGAUGGGGAUUAAUGUGACAGAUUUCACAAGAUCUAUUCUGACCCCAAGGAUCAAAGUAGGACGAGAUGUUGUCCAGAAAGCUCAGACCAAAGAGCAGGCCGACUUUGCCAUAGAGGCUUUGGCCAAGGCAAAAUUCGAACGCCUUUUCCGCUGGAUCUUAGCUCGUGUAAACAAAGCUCUGGAUAAAACCAAAAGACAAGGCGCUUCCUUCUUGGGCAUCCUUGAUAUUGCUGGGUUUGAGAUUUUUGAGAACAAUUCCUUUGAGCAGCUAUGCAUCAACUACACCAAUGAGAAACUUCAGCAGCUUUUCAACCACACAAUGUUUAUUUUGGAGCAAGAGGAAUACCAGAGAGAGGGCAUUGAAUGGAAUUUCAUUGACUUUGGCCUUGACCUGCAGCCUUGCAUUGAGCUGAUUGAAAGACCAACCAACCCCCCAGGUGUCCUGGCUCUGCUGGAUGAAGAGUGUUGGUUCCCUAAAGCUACUGACACAUCCUUUGUGGAGAAACUAAUGCAAGAACAAGGCAACCAUCCCAAAUUCCAGAAGCCCAAGCAACUCAAGGAUAAAACCGAGUUCUGUAUAAUGCACUAUGCAGGAAAGGUCACCUACAAUGCAACUGCCUGGCUAACAAAGAACAUGGAUCCACUGAAUGACAAUGUGACUUCUUUGCUGAACCAGUCUUCAGACAAAUUCGUAGCAGACCUUUGGAAAGAUGGUAUGAUUUGUAACUCUGAAUCAGUGGUGAGGACAGUUUUUAUAAGCAGUUUCAUUCAUACUUUCUUUUACAUUUCAGUGGACCGCAUUGUUGGGCUGGACCAAAUGGCCAAGAUGAGUGAAAGCUCACUCCCUAGUGCUUCCAAAACCAAGAAAGGCAUGUUCCGUACUGUUGGACAACUCUACAAGGAGCAGCUGACCAAACUGAUGACCACCUUAAGGAAUACCAAUCCCAACUUUGUCCGCUGUAUCAUUCCAAAUCAUGAAAAGAGGUCUGGCAAACUUGAUGCCCAUUUAGUGCUGGAGCAGUUGCGCUGCAAUGGUGUCUUGGAAGGCAUUCGGAUCUGCCGACAGGGAUUCCCCAACAGGAUUGUCUUCCAGGAGUUCCGUCAGAGAUAUGAAAUUCUUGCUGCGAGUGCUAUUCCUAAAGGAUUCAUGGAUGGGAAGCAGGCUUGCAUAUUGAUGAUCAAAGCAUUAGAACUUGAUCCCAACUUGUACAGAAUUGGACAGAGUAAAAUCUUCUUCAGAACUGGCGUUCUGGCUCACCUGGAAGAAGAGAGAGACCUGAAGAUCACAGAUGUUAUUAUCACCUUCCAAGCUAUGUCCCGAGGCUACCUAGCAAGAAAAGCCUUUGCCAAGAGACAGCAACAGCUGACUGCAAUGAAGGUUAUCCAAAGAAAUUGUGCUGCUUACCUGAAGCUGAGGAACUGGCAAUGGUGGAGGCUGUUCACCAAAGUGAAACCACUGCUGCAAGUCACCCGCCAAGAGGAAGAAAUGCAGGCCAAGGAUGAAGAACUACAAAAAACUAAGGAAAGACAACAAAAAGCAGAGAAUGAAUUGAAGGAGCUGGAACAGAAACACUCACAGCUUUGUGAAGAGAAGAACCUCCUUCAGGAACAGCUUCAGGCAGAAACUGAACUGUAUGCUGAAGCUGAAGAGAUGAGAGUCCGUUUAGCUGCUAAGAAACAAGAGCUGGAAGAGAUUCUGCAUGAGAUGGAAGCCAGAAUUGAGGAAGAGGAGGAACGCAGCCAGCAGCUGCAAGGAGAGAAGAAAAAGAUGCAACAACAAAUGCUGGACCUUGAGGAACAGCUGGAAGAAGAAGAAGCUGCAAGGCAGAAACUGCAACUUGAAAAAGUAGCAGCAGAUAGCAAGAUAAAGAAAAUGGAAGAUGAUAUUCUGAUAAUGGAAGAUCAGAAUAACAAGCUAAGCAAGGAAAGAAAACUCCUUGAGGAAAGAAUAAGUGAUCUAACAACAAAUCUUGCAGAAGAAGAAGAAAAAGCCAAAAAUCUUACAAAGCUUAAGAACAAACAUGAAUCUAUGAUUUCGGAACUUGAAGUGCGGCUGAAGAAGGAAGAGAAGAGCAGACAAGAACUGGAUAAAGUUAAGAGGAAGUUGGAAGGGGAGGCAAAUGAUCUACAUGAGCAAAUUGCAGAGCUCCAGGCACAAAUUGCUGAGCUGAAGGCACAGCUAGCUAAGAAGGAGGAAGAACUGCAGGCUGCUCUAGCCAGGCUUGAAGAUGAAACUAGCCAGAAGAACAAUGCCCUCAAGAAGAUCCGUGAAUUGGAAUCUCACAUCUCUGAUCUCCAGGAAGACUUGGAGUCUGAAAGAGCUGCAAGAAACAAAGCAGAAAAACAGAAGAGAGACCUAGGUGAAGAACUGGAGGCUCUUAAGACAGAGCUUGAGGAUACUUUGGAUACCACAGCCACCCAGCAAGAGCUCAGAGCAAAGCGUGAGCAGGAGGUCACGGUGCUGAAGAAAGCUCUGGAGGAGGAGACUCGAACUCACGAAGCCCAAGUCCAGGAGAUGAGGCAAAAGCACACUCAAGCUGUGGAAGAGCUAACGGAGCAGCUGGAACAAUUUAAAAGGGCUAAAGCAAACUUGGAUAAGACCAAACAGUCAUUGGAGAAAGACAACGCUGACCUGGCUAAUGAAGUCAGGAGCUUGAAUCAGGCCAAACAAGAUGUAGAGCACAAAAAGAAGAAGCUGGAAGUACAGCUGCAAGACUUACAGUCCAAAUACACUGAGGGAGAGCGUGUUCGGACAGAACUCAAUGAAAAAGUUCACAAAUUACAGGUGGAGGUUGAAAAUGUUACUGGUUUGCUCAAUGAAGCAGAAAGCAAGACAAUCAAAUUGACCAAAGAUGUUGCAGCCUUAGGAUCUCAGCUACAAGAUACACAGGAGCUGCUUCAGGAAGAAACGCGGCAGAAGCUAAAUGUCACUACCAAACUUCGUCAGUUGGAGGAUGACAAGAACAGCUUGCAGGAGCAGUUGGAUGAAGAAGUAGAAGCAAAACAAAAUCUGGAGAGACAUAUUUCAACACUGACAAUACAGCUCUCUGACUCUAAGAAGAAGAUACAGGAAUAUACCAGCACAAUAGAAAUCAUGGAAGAAGGCAAAAAGAAAUUUCAGAAGGAAAUUGAAAGUCUCACACAACAGUUUGAGGAAAAGGCUGCUUCUUAUGACAAACUGGAAAAAACCAAGAACAGACUCCAGCAGGAGCUGGAUGACCUGGUGGUGGACUUAGACAACCAGCGUCAGCUGGUCUCCAAUCUGGAGAAGAAACAGAAGAAGUUUGAUCAGAUGCUAGCUGAAGAGAAAAACAUCUCUUCAAAAUAUGCAGAUGAAAGGGACAGAGCAGAAGCUGAAGCUAGAGAAAAGGAAACAAAGGCUUUGUCAUUGGCCCGAGCACUUGAAGAGGCUUUGGAAGCCAAAGAAGAACUGGAGAGAACGAACAAAAUGUUGAAAGCUGAAAUGGAAGAUCUUGUUAGCUCCAAAGAUGAUGUUGGCAAGAAUGUCCAUGAAUUGGAGAAAUCUAAACGGACCCUUGAGCAGCAAGUGGAAGAGAUGAAGACACAACUAGAAGAGCUGGAGGAUGAGUUACAGGCUGCUGAAGAUGCCAAACUCAGGUUGGAGGUUAAUAUGCAGGCCCUGAAAGGCCAGUUUGAAAGAGAUUUACAAGCCAGAGAUGAACAGAAUGAGGAGAAGAAAAGACAACUCCUUAAACAGCUCCAUGAAUAUGAAACGGAACUGGAAGAUGAGCGGAAGCAACGUGCCCUGGCAGCUGCUGCCAAGAAGAAGCUGGAGAUGGAUGUUAAGGACCUAGAAGGCCAAGCUGAUUCUGCUAAUAAGGGUCGGGAAGAAGCCAUCAAACAGCUUCGCAAAUUACAGGCUCAGAUGAAGGACUACCAACGAGAGCUGGAUGAUGCACGGGCUGCCAGAGAAGAAAUAUUUGCUACAGCCAGAGAAAAUGAGAAGAAAGCAAAGGGCCUGGAAGCAGACCUCAUGCAGCUUCAGGAGGAACUGGCUGCUGCAGAGAGAGCUCGCAAACAAGCAGAUCUGGAGAAAGAAGAGAUGGCAGAGGAACUUGCAAGUGCUGCUUCUGGAAGGAACAGCCUUCAGGAUGAGAAACGGCGCCUGGAGGCAAGAAUUGCUCAGCUGGAGGAAGAGUUGGAAGAGGAGCAGGGCAACAUAGAGGCAAUGGGUGAUCGCAUGAGGAAAGCAGUACAGCAGGCAGAGCAGCUGAACAAUGAGCUGGCAACAGAGCGCUCAACCGCACAGAAGAAUGAAAAUGCUCGGCAGCAACUGGAGAGGCAGAACAAAGAGCUAAAGAGUAAGCUGCAAGAGAUGGAGGGAGCUGUGAAGUCCAAAUUCAAAACUACAAUUGCUGCUCUGGAGGCCAAAAUUGCUUCUCUCGAAGAGCAAUUGGAACAGGAAGCCAGAGAGAAGCAGGCUGCAGCCAAGACGUUGCGCCAGAAGGACAAGAAGCUGAAGGAUGCACUGCUGCAGGUGGAAGACGAGAGAAAGCAAGCAGAGCAGUACAAAGAUCAGGCUGAGAAGGGCAACACACGACUCAAGCAAUUGAAAAGGCAGCUGGAGGAGGCUGAGGAAGAGUCUCAGCGUAUCAACGCCAACCGCAGGAAGCUGCAGAGAGAGCUGGAUGAAGCUACUGAGAGUAACGAAGCCCUGGGCCGUGAGGUUGCAGCACUGAAGAGCAAGCUCAGGAGGGGAAAUGAGCCAGCAUCUUUUGCCCCACCUCGUAGAUCUGGAGGCAGAAGAGUCAUUGAGAAUGCAACAGAUGGAGUUGAUGAUGAAAUGGAUGCAAGAGAUGGAGAUUACAAUGGAACAAAAGCCAGUGAAUAAACACGCUUAAAAAAUUGCACUGCAGCAGAGGGAGGGAGGACGAUAUUUAGCACUGUAUAAGUCUACUCUUAGUGUCAAGGUCACAUACACCCACUCCUCUGACAAUGAUAAAAGCACAACUGCCUUGUCUCCAAUGUAGAGAUUGACGUUAAAAGUACUCCAAAACUUUUUACCAUGGAGUGUAUUUGAAAAGGUGGGGGGUUUAUUAACAGAGCAACUCACUUUGAGAAUCUUCCAGAAAAGUGAGUUUUAGUAGCUGAAACUAUUUAAAUCCCAAUGAACUAUAGUCUACAAAGGAUUUGUGAGACUGUUGAAGGGGAAAAGACAAAAAAAGGCAUUGGUCAGUUAAUCUUUUCUUAAACUUUCAUUUUGUUUUGAGUAUUCAAUUAAUAUAGGGUUUUCUCCUGGUUACUACACCCCUGAUGCACAAUUCACAAGGUGGAAGUGCCUUUUAAUCACUUACUGAAAAAUAUCAUUUGUUCAAAUUAAGUCAACUGUUACAGUUUUAUAUGCACCAUGGAUGUGCUUACACACUAAUAAAAGGCUA